UUUUCAUAUCAGUUGCAAAAAACUUUUCCACUAAGUGAUGUCGGAGAUUCGGCGCCUACCUCAUGGAAUGCGAGCUCCAACGCAGUUCCACAAAUUCGUUACAACAGACAAGGAUCAAACUAAACUCGUUGAGUAUCGUGUUGAAGAAAUUCCUGAAAGUCGUUACGAUGAAGCUUGCAGGUUCAUGUUGGAAUAUUUUGUGCCCUACGAGCCGAAAAUCAUUUCAAAGAACGGACAAUGUGAUCCAAAAGUUCUUGACGAUUAUCACACAAAAUUUAUGAAUGGAAUCAAGCAAAAUGUUUCCGUUGCAUGCUUCAAAAGUGGAUCUGACAAAUUUAUUGGAGUAAAUAUUCUUGAAGUUCUUGGACGUUAUAGUGGAACAUUCGAUUUUGAUCGUAAAUCUAAAAUAUGUCUUGACAUUGACAAAUCUAUUGAUUACAUUCUCGAUAGAGCUGACAUUUUCAACCGAUUCAAUGUUGAUCACUAUUUAAGUGGCACUGGGCUAGCAAUAAAUCCAGCUUACUGUGGAAAAGGCAUAGCCACUGAGAUGAUCAAGGCCAGAAUUGCGAUUAUUAAAGCUUUAGGAUUUAAAGUAACGUCAACAGGGUUUGCAUCGAUUGGUGCACAGAAAGCUGCAAUAAAAGCUGGAUGUGUGACAGAUUAUGAGAUAAGUUACGAAGAACUUGCAAAAGCGAAGGAUAAGAACAGUGACAGUAUCGUUGAGUUUCGUGUUCAAGAUCUUCCUGAAGAAUAUUUUGAACAAGCCAUAGAAUUCAUGAUCAAAUAUUUUGUUCCCGAUGAAACAUUUUGUACCAGCAAAGAUGUCAUGAACAAACCAAGUACACUUGAACAUUUUAAACAUUUUUGGCAAAACACUGCAAGUGAGAAACUUUCAAUUGGAUGUUUCAAAGGAGAUGAAUUGUUUAAAGAUGAAGAUUUUAUUGAUAUUAUGGAACCAAUGAUAUUCUAUUCCAAAAUGUUUGAUGUGUUUUCAAACUAUAAAGUUGAUGAAUAUUUGACCGCUUAUGGCUUGUGUGUUAAUCCCGAAUAUCGAGGCCGUGGCAUUGCUACAGAAAUUCUCAAAGCUCGAAUUCCAUACAUGAAAGCUUUAGGUCUAAGAGUGACUUCAACUGCAUUUACUGGGAUUGGAUCUCAAACUGCAGCAAAAAAAGCUGGCUUUAAGGAAACAUUUUCCAUAACUUACGCUGACAUUGAAAAGAAAUUUCCAAAGUUUGAUUUUUCUAAAUGCGAAUCAAAAUAUUUUAAGUACAUGGCGAAGGAUAAGAACAGCGACAGUAUCGUUGAGUAUCGUGUUCAAGAUCUUCCUGAAGAAUAUUUUGAACAAGCCAUAGACUUCAUGGCUAAAUAUUUUAUUCCCCAUGAAACAUUUUGUGUCAGCAAAGAUGUCAUGAACAAACCCAAUACAAUUGAACAUUUUAGACGUUUAUGGAAACACGCUUUUAAAGAUGAAGAUUUUCUUGAUUUUGUAGGAGCAAUGAUGUAUUAUGGCAAAAUGUUUGAUGUGUUUUCAAACUAUAAAGUUGAUGAAUAUUUAACCGCUUAUGGCUUGUGUGUUAAUCCAGAAUAUCGAGGCCAUGGCAUUGCUACAGAAAUCCUCAAAGCUCGAAUCCCAUACAUGAAAGCUUUAGAUCUAAGAGUGACUUCAACUGCAUUCACUGGGAUUGGAUCUCAAACUGCAGCAAAAAAAGCUGGCUUUAAGGAAAAUUUUUCCAUAACUUACGAAGACAUUGAAAAGAAAUUUCCGAAGUUUGAUUUUUCUAAAUGCGAAUCAAAAUACCUUAAGAUCAUGGCUAUGACAGUGGAAUAA